GGGCGACUUAUUACUUGCUCCUGCACUUUGCGCCUGCGCCUGCACCUGCACCUGCGGCCUGCACCUGGGGCUCACUCUCCCGUGCCCUCUGUCGCAGGGGACUGAAGCAGCUUGCCUCGUCGCCUAAUCGUCCUGGCAAAAUGCAAGCACCACCACCAUCACCAACAUUGUCGGCGCCAACCUUGAGGGGUCCCCUGCUGUCCUCGCCUCUACCCACGCAUCAUCUCCUGGGAUUUGUGGCCAGCUGACGAGUCUGGAGUAGCAGUCGGACCCCUCGUAUCAAUUGCAGUGUGUCUGAGUGUCCAUCCAUCUCUAUCCAAAUUGUGGGCUGUGGACACACACACAAUACGGUUACGGCCAACAGAGGAGCCUCUCCCACUCUCUCACCCACACCUUUCCCCCACCAUUUGCUGGGUGAUAUCGACAGACCCUGUCCCUUUCUCCAUCCAGCACUGGUCCAAUCCCCGUCCGCCGGCCCAUGAUCAGCAGGCCACCCCUGCUUGCCCGCUGUCUACGGUCUAAAUGAAUCGCGCCCAGGGCCUGACGCUGUCAGUCUGUGGGCAGUCGUUACCGACAUCUCUCUAUCCCGUAGAUUGAUCGUCUGUCUGCCAUGUCUGCCAUGGAUCCCGACCCCCCAUGCCCUAGUCGAACCCCCAUGCCCACGACACGAUUAGACACUACCAAGCUAACACACACACGUACACAGCUCAAAGCACACAGCUGCCCAUCUUGACAGGGGCAGGGAAGCUGGCACUCGCGAUGGCACCGGCAGGGACAUGGGAAGCUUGAAGAAUGGGUAUGGACCGGGGCUCAGGAGGGGGGCGGCACCCUCUCAACACCACAGAGGAGAAAUAAGACCUACUCUCUCCACCUCCCCUCCAACCAGACUACGACCACUCCGACAAACCCCUCCAUCCCGCUGCCUGUGAGACUGUGGUUGACUGACCCAUCGCCGCAAUAUUCAACCACCUCUCACUCCUCCUUGUCCUCAUCCUCAUCCUCCUCUUGCCUUGUGUCACCUACGUGGUCACGGGCUUCCUCGAGACUCCUCUCCUCUGCAUCAGUCUCGGCCAUUUCCCGACCCCUUCUCGCUCUAUCUCUCCCUUUCUCUCCCUCUCUGUCUGCUGAGGGCUCAGCUCAAACGGUCGCUUGCUAUCUCGUAGGUGGCCUACAUCACGAGGAGAGAAGAGUCAACUCCUCUCCUCACCAACUUGCUGCUGUGUGUAUCUCUGUGUCUGUCUCUGUGUGUACGGGUGCGUACGUGGGUGCGGCACGCCAGAGUGCAUGCAUUGUGUGGAGGGAGGCUGAACGGAGCCGAGUCGAGUCGAAGCGAGGCCGAAAACUCAUGCUUGGUCGCUGGCUGCUUUGACUCUCAUCGUUCCUUGGUUGGCCCAUCUCUUGUUUGAGACUAAACACACACAUACACCCCCACAGCAGGUGAGCACUUGACGCCUGACGCCUGCCGCCUGUCGCUUGAUGUUAUUAUCCGACAAGCCGUAUACAUACAGUACUUACUGUCUGUCUCCCUGCUCGCCGACACGGGAUUCCCUGCUGCUGGAUCGUCGACUCCUCACUUGCUCCACAGUAUCCAUGCACAUCCCGAAGUCUUGCCCGUCCUGCUCCCGCGCUCACAACCUAUAGCUCCCAGGGCCCGGACAGGCAUAUCGUGAUCGACCACCCAACAACGUGUGCCACCUUUCCAUAUUUGAGCGGCUCGACUGCAUCAUCCAUCUGUUAUCUCCAUUUCCGCUCCCUGCAUCUCUUCUGCCACAUACCCAACCAGUUCCACCUAUCACCCACCACCCGCGGUGCCUCACUUAAGCUCAACUUCAACUUCAGCCUCAACUCAACCGCCGCCCGGAGCACCCCCUCGCCAUCUCGCCUCACACCACGCUCGACCACUUCGAGAACCAGCCCUCUGUCUUCUCGUUGGCAUGCCCAGUCAUUCCACCCCGGAGCUAUGGAACAUUCCCUUCAUCUUGGUGCCCAAGAUAGGAUCUUGUCGUGGUCAGCGUCCAACACCGUCGGAAGCCUGGACUCAGACGAACGCAACCAUAUGAUACUGCCACAAUCCCCCCCAUGGAUGGACGCCCUGCAUCAUAUCCACCCCGCCUCCAUCUCGCAUAACACCACAAGCUCGUCUUGCGCCUCCGCUCCUCCGUCCGCAUCGACUGCGUCCUCGGCCACCGUACGACACCCGUUGAACGGCCAGUUGUCGCCCAUCAGCACUGGCAUGGACAUGGCUGUUGGCCACUCACAUGACGACGGGCAGUGUCCCUCCACCGCAGAAUCGGCCACCGCUCGUCCCAUGUCUCAGUCAGAGUCGUCGUCCGUCGCAGAUUCUUGGAGCAUGAUCUAUGGGGAGAAUGCAGAGGAUGUCAAUGUGACCCAUGCUGUGGUGGAUCAAGACGUGCAUUGGGACCAAGGGUCCGACGACGACGUCGCCGUUCCCAAGGUUGAACCCAUGGAUGAGGACAUCCGUCUCGACGAGAUCAAGGAGGCCCCUCCGACCCCUGUUCCAAGCAACACCAGCCCGACAUCAGCCCAGCCAAAAGCCAAGCGGCCUCGUGGGAGACCGCGCAAGCAUCCCCUCACCCCAGUCGUCGCCACCAACAAGAUCACAAAGGGUCGGUCCAAGACCGGAUGCCUGACCUGCAGGAAACGCAAGAAGAAGUGCGACGAAGCAAAACCUAGAUGCAUGAACUGCGAGAAGAAUGCCGUUGUCUGCGAAGGAUAUCCCGAGAAGCAGAUAUGGAAAAGCGGCAAGGAAAAGGCUGCCGAAGGUAGCUUGAGCCUCAGCCAACCACUACCAGUGAUAACGAUGCAGCCCAUAUUCCACGGGCUCGAGAAUGCCGAGGACAUGAUUUUCUGGAAGCACUACCACGCCCAUUUGAGCACGGUGCUGACGGUCGAGGGCGAGCACAAGAACGCGUUCAAGGAUCUGCUCAUCCCAAUCGCCACUAAGCAUCGCGGGCUCAUGCACUCCAUCCUCGCCCUCUCAAGCAAGCACCUCGACUUUGAAACACCGUACGGCGCAAAGAUUCUGACGGACAACCCAAAUACGAGUCUCGAUGCCCUUCAGCAGCGAUCUGACUUCCACCAUGAGAAAGCAAUGGAGAAAUUCUACGAGGAUCUUGCGCGGUCAGGUGCAAAUUCGGACAGGGGUGACAACGAGUACUCAACGAUAUUGUCUGCUCGGUACGGCCAGAUGAUGUGUUUGCUCCUUGAAGCUCUCGCCGAGGGCAACCCCCGCGGCGAGCACCGGGUCCAUCUUGGAGGGUACCAACGUCUGAUCCAGCACUCGCCGCCCGAGGACCCAGCGUUCCUGAGCUUUAUCACUGAGUUCUUCCAAUACCACAUCUUCGCCGACGAGCUUGUUCGUUACCCCGACAUGCACACUCCACGUCUGGCAUCCGAAGACUGGACACCCAGCGUCUCCAUCCACCCGCCUCGGCUAUUGGGCGUUGCCGAUGGCCUCUUCAAAUACCUCUGUCAAAUCACAUCGCUCAGGAACACAAUCAGGGCCAACAUGGCUGCCGGGGUGGAACCAGCUGUUGAUUACACGGGUCUGUACCGAGCUGCCGAGAUCGACGCGGCGAUCCGGGACUGGACGCCGUCAUGGCCCCCCGGGGAUAGUCGAGACCGCGUUGGUCUGCUGUACAAACAGAUGAUGUGGGUGUACUUGUUCCGGACGAUAUAUCCACCGUCGCCCAUGUCCCCGCCGCCUUCGUCAACGUUACCGCUCCUCCACAAUUCGUCGGUUCUUGGCGGCUCGACCAACACCCCUCCACGGUCCGCAAACAACAGUUGCGCCUCAUCACCUUCGAUGCGGCCGCGCACCUCCGCAUCCAACAUCCCGCAUCAGCCCGUACGCCGACACACCAUCGCAAACUACACCAUGUCCCAGGUACCCCCGCCAAUCAAACAUCACCAGCACACUUCCAGUCUAGAGUGCCACUCAUACGUCGCCGAAUCCUCGCCGCCAGUUCGUCAGCCGCCCAACUACGACCCUCGCGUCACCCUCGCUGUAAAUGAGUCCCUCAACAUCCUUGAAACGUUCAAGCCAAGCGAUCCCUCGCAGAAACUCCUGUUGAUACCGUGCCUUGUGAUCGGCACGGCAUGUUUUGCGCCGGAGCAGCAAGAGAGAAUACGGACGGCGGUGAGAACCGUCAAGGGAUAUACGGGCUUGCGGAACACUGAGAGGGUCACCGAGCUUCUAGAAGAAGUAUGGCGGUGUAUGGAGCGUGGUGAGUGGGUGCGCGUCUGGGACUGGCAGGCCAUUGCCAAGGGCAUGGGUUGCGAUGUGCUAUGUUCGUGAGUGCAUCGCGACUCAUGCUGGAAGAACCCUUGGUCCGGUCCGGCUUGGGUGAGGUCUUGGUCUCGUGGAAGCCAGCUUCGACACCUCUGCCUCUGGCACGUAGGCUGUUCAAGCCUGUGGGCUCACCUUUGUGCAGGUCACAGCUUAUGCACAUCAUCGAGGUUGUGAUGAUGGGAAAGAUAGCCAGCCGUCCCCCAUUCGUUUCUUUCCACCUUCUGUUCUUUGAUUUACUCUCAUUCUCGUGUACCUUGGCCAGGCCUGUAUCCCGCUCGGUUCAGGCUUUUCAUAUACCCCGUUUCGCUUCCAAUUGCUUCGGCGCGAAGGUUACCACGACCUUGCUAUCUCGGACCUCGAAUGCUUGGCAUGUUGUGUGGCUGGUGGGGGACACUUAUCGAUGGAAUUUGGGGACGGGUAGCGUUGGGUCACUUCCUUGUUUUGUUUUUCGUCCAGCAUGUGCGGCGUAUCUUGGUUUGUCUCUUUUUUCACCUGUGUCUCCUCUGUCUUGUUACACAUAUCCACUGUUCAGCAUUCGGAGUUCAGUUUAUCCGGGCACAAUGUAGGCUCAGGACAGGGCGGCUGCUGUUGAUUUUAUUUCCGUGUCUGUUUGUUUUCUGUUCCAUAUUAUUUCCUGUUUAUAUACUUUCCUCGCAUCUACGGAGGCGCCAUUAGAGGACGGCGAGGAGGGGGUAUGUGACGUGCGUUUGGAGUAGUUUAUCACUCAACGGGGCCGGGCUGAAAUGGAAAACACUUGCC